CUGAGCCAAUUUUUACUAGGGCGCCAACACACACAUCAUGCUUUAUCAUUUAUGCUGCUGACAGGUGAGACCGAGCCGAAAGCCACAAACCUGCUGAACGUGUUGAAACCAAAGCUUCUUUGUUAUACAAACCCAAGCCGACAAUCCCUAACUCCCAACUCCUGAGGAGAUCCAUGAAAUGUCAUCUUCUUCCCCUUAUUCUCUCUUCUGCGAAGCCACCCACGGUGCCCUCCUUCUCCGAUGCCGUACCAACUCCGCAUUCUCUAUUCCUCAAAAACCCCGAUUCCUACGACUUUCUGCUUCUCCUCCCCAAAGAAACCUCGAGCUCUCCUGGUUCUCUCCCGGCCCCAACGCGACCGAGGAUUACAACGGUUGGGCUGUGGUCGAAGCUCCUCUUCGGAGCAACCAAAGAGAGAAGAAAGGGUUAUCUACAUUUGUUGUUGGGGGCAUUGGGACUUCGAUGGCUGUUCUACUUGCAACAAUUGCCUACUUCUCGUUAUCAGCAAAAGGUUUUAAACUUCGUUUUGGUAGCCCAUUGAAUAGUUUGCAUCAGGUAUUAAGAACAGAAGAGCACAAAUCUAGCCAGAUAAAAAUAGAUGAUUCUGGUGCAUCUGAUGCAAACACAUUGGUGCCUCAGGCAAGCCCUGAGCCCAUACCUGAAAUUACUGGAGAAACUGUUGCAUCUGCGGUGUCCACAGACAAGCUUGAAUGUGUUGGAUUGUCAGUUGCUGUGGAUUCCACCCAACAGGAGGCUCUGUCUUUGUUGAAGAAAUUGAAGAUCAUUGAGGAUGAUGUAAGAGCUGAUGAAUUAUGUACUAGAAGAGAAUAUGCAAGAUGGCUAGUAUGUAUAAACUCCCUGUUGGAAAGGAACCCAAAACAUAAAAUUAUCCCAUCUGUAUUACUCUCCGGGUCCGUGACUACUGCAUUUGAUGAUGUGGGUACUGAUGACCCUGAUUUUGCAUCUAUCCAGGCUUUAGCAGAGGCUGGUGUCAUUCCCAGUAUAUUAUCAAAGAAUGGUUCUGGUGUUUGCAGUUCAGAAGGGCAAGGGUGCUCUUCUUUUUAUCCUGAAAGGUACAUCUCUCGGCAGGAUCUGAUUAGCUGGAAAGCCCAACUUGAAUAUGAAUUUGUGUCAGGAUUGACGGAACAGAUAUCAAGGACAAAAGUAUUUUACAUGGAUGUGAAGGAGAUCAGUCCGGAUGCAUCGCCGGAGCUUUUUAUGGACAUGUUGGCUGAGGAUAUGAGCAUAAUCAGAAAAGUUUUUGGAAAGAGCAGGCGAUUGCAAUCAUUCAAACCUUCAACAAAAGCACAAGCAGCUGUAGCAUUGACAAGUGGGAGGAUGUCAGAAGCUGCUCAUGCAGAAUUAUUAAGACUAGAAGCGGAACUGUAUUCAAGGCAAGCUGAGAUGGAAGUGAUCAGGACUGAGUUACUUGACAGAGGAGACAUACAGGCUUUUUGGGACGAGAAGCUACAGGAGGUAAAAAUCCGUGGGUCUGAGGUUGAGAAUAUUUAUCUUGCUGCUGUUCAUGAGUUGGAGCAGGAGAAAAUUGUCCAAGAAAAGAUUUUUGCUGAGCAUUUAAAGGAGAAUGCAGCCAUGGACUGUCAGAGGCAGCUGCUUCUCCGCCUGAAAGAGGAGGUUAAUGAGAUGUCAGAAAGGCUUGCAUCGGAGAGGGUCAUCUAUGUGUCUGAGAAGUGUAAUUUACAAGAGGUGCUCACUGAAUUACAGACCAAGCAGGAAGGACUGCUUGAUACAAAAUCUAUAUUGGAGGCUGAGAACGAAGCGCUUCGGAUUCUGAGAUCUUGGCUGGAGGAUGAAGCAAGGAAAAGCCAAGCCCGUGCUAAGGUUCUCGAGGCAGUUAGACGUAGAUGGGAGUGGGAUGAUCGAUCUUGAAUAUUUGAUCCCGUAGACAAAGUUAAUCCGCUGAUUGCUUCGGAAAGAUUCAGUGGUGGGCUGUAUAAGAACUUCUAUUUAUUUAGUUUUGCCAUGAGAUAAAAUUUCAACUCCGAAUGCUUGACGAUAUCAGGAUGGUGAUUUUUUACCUGGGUUUAUUGCUUUUGGUAAAAUUUCUUUUGAAUGUGUUCUCAUAUGUAAAUGAAUCCGGCAGCUGCAGGGCUGUUUUAUCUGCAUCCAUUUUUCCUCGACUGCCAUAAUUAUUUUAGCUAGAAUUGACUACAAUUUCUUC